AUGCGGAGCGCGCGGAGUGGAAGCAUUAUGGCCCGCGCCUUGGUCCUGGCCGGCCUCUGGCUGGCCUCAGCCGGGGGCCCCCUGGCUCUCUCGGACGCUGGGCCACACGUGCACUACGGCUGGGGGGAGUCCAUCCGCCUGCGGCACCUGUAUACCUCCGGCCCCCACGGCCCCUCCAGCUGCUUCCUGCGCAUCCGUGCCGACGGCGAGGUGGACUGCGCGCGGGGCCAGAGCGCGCACAGUUUGGUGGAAAUCAGGGCAGUGGCCCUGCGGAACGUGGCCAUCAAGGGCGUGCACAGCCUCCGGUACCUCUGCAUGGGAGGCGACGGCAGGAUGCUAGGGCUGCUGCAGUUCUCACCCGAGGACUGCGCGUUCGAGGAGGAGAUCCGCCCCGAUGGCUACAACGUGUACUGGUCCAAGAAGCACCAGCUGCCCGUGUCUCUGAGCAGCGCCAGGCAGAGGCAGCUGUACAAGGACAGGGGCUUUCUGCCGCUGUCCCACUUCCUGCCCAUGCUGCCCAGGAGCCUGACGCAGCCCGAGCCCCUCGAGGACCACCUGGAGCCUGACGCGCUCUCCGCGCCCCUGGAGACCGACAGCAUGGACCCUUUCGGGAUCGCCAACAAACUCCGGCUGGUGGAGAGCCCCAGCUUCCAGAAAUAA